CAGAUUGACGUUUAUGUUCGCGAUUUUAAAUGGUUUCAUGAGUUGUACAAAAAAGAAAAUUUUGCACGGGUUUUGUGAUACGCACCAAAUGUAAUCGUCGAUUCGACGAUAACAAAUAAAUUUUGGCCGCAUGCGGCGAACCGUAGUUCUCCUGCGCCUUUCAACUACGCCAGUAAAUUUGUUGUAAGUUUGCGCGAACAUAACCUCCCCGAACCUUCUUAAACGGUUUUUAAACACUUUUUGGCGUCAAUGGGGUUUGAAAUUUCGAGUUAAAUCAUGAAAGAGCUGGAGGACACCAAUUGCGAGAUUCGCAGAAUCAUCGAACUUCAAUCCUCUAUUUGGGACCGACUGAAUCAUUCAUCUGAAGAUGAGCAAUCUCCGGGAAAUGCAACGCACGAAACUUUUGAACCCAUCAAACCGCUAGGUGGAUUUUUAGAUGCAACAAACCAUGCUUGGAUAAGUUGUGGGACUCGCUUGAUUGUUUUCAAUGUGAGAAGUGGAGAAAGCAUUAGUUCGUGGAACUUUCGAUAUCGAAUAUCUUCAGUUUCUCCAUUUCCAACACAACCUGGACAAAUUCCGUUGCUUUUAGUUGGACUGGAUAAUGAUGCUCAUAGAAUUAAAGAAUCAGUGGGCCUGGUUUGUGUCUUCGAAUGCACUACUUCUCGUAUUUUAAGAGUUAUUCUAAUGCCAUCUGGUGUUGAACAAAUAUGUGUGAUAAAUGGUGGUGCAGCAUGGGAGGAAUUUAGUGUACAAAAGGCGGCUACCAUCCUUGAAACCAAUUCUGGCGUAGCAUGUGUAGCUUUACGUAAUUUAGACCACAUUAUAAUCGACCUUCAGCGAUCUUCGUGGGAGAGUGUGAGUUCCUACCUGAUAGCAGAUGAGAUGUCUCCCUACGAAUUAGAAUUUCCCCGCUCCAAGACAUCUUCGUCUUCUUCAAGACAUUCGCAUAGCAGAGAAAGACACAUAGCAUACAGCUUAAUUAAUAGUCGAAUAGAAGACUUUGUAGGUUUCAAUCGAGAGACGUUCGAAGCGACGCCUCUUUCAUACGACAAAUUGUCAACUUCGAUAAUAAGUUCGAAGAAAAUAGGAUGUCUUGUAUCAGGUUGCCUCGGAAGAGUCAUGCUCUGGCAGAGCGACGGAACCAUCGGUUGGAUAAGUACGCUCUUCGACGAGAACAUGUCUGUCAGUCACUUAGCUUUAAUAGAACCCGCGGACGAUCCGCGGUCCUUUUACUACUUUUGGGUAGCGUGUCAGGACGAUUCCGCAACCGCAGCUCCAGUUCUCAGAAUGUACGCCAUGCUUUUUGAGAAAAAAUACUGCGAAAAGGACUCGAACUUGUAUUUCAAGUUGGAGAGUGAUCCGAGUUUAAAAUUCGAAAUAGAACUAGACGAGGGGGACACCAUCACUUGCCUGUUGCCAAUUGAACGAGAAAAUAACUCUGAGCAAACUGAAUCUGGUAUUCGGCAUGGAGAGGAAAGUUUACUCCUUAUCGGCACCAAUAACCGAAUGUUGCUUUUCGAUCUAAACCAGUGGUACAAGGAACAAAUGCCUGUGACAGCCUCCGAAUGUCAUAAUCCAAACAGCAUUCUUGCCAGUUAUAGAACCCGAUCUGAGAUCCCAACUUCUGUGAGAGACCUGGUGAUCAAUUGCGCGUACGUUCCAUCUACUCUCAGAGAAUUCACAAGCAGCGGGCCAAGCACUUUGGAAGAGCUAUUCUUCCCAAAUGCUCUAUCUUUCGAAUGGCUCGAGUUGACUUCCAACCGACUAAACUUCUGGUUAACUCGCGGUCUCCAAGCUGACCUUCUUCGCAAAAUCGUCGUCACUGGUCCCGUUAUGCUGAUCCAACCAGCCGAAACCUUCCACCGAUGCCUGAACGCAGGUCUCGUUCCCUUCAAUAUCGAAUGUUCAUUCAACAGCGAUCACAACGCUCAAAGAGAAAUGAUACUCUCUCUUUGUCUGGAACAGCGCUGGGCUAACUUCCUGAUAAAAUGUGCGAAAGAGUGGUCUGAUGGCAGUGCCUCGUAUUUAUUCCCCGCGUUUUUAAGGUGGGGCGUCCAACGUGGUUCUGCCAUUAAAAUAUACGCCGAUCAACUCACCAUUCCCCUUUUCGAUCAAUCUGGGAACAACAUCGGAGAAUCGGAGGCAAAAACCUUGCGUUUCUGCUGUCAACAGCUCGAGUGCCUGUCAACCGUUGUGGAGAAACUGACAGUCGAUUCAGCAGACUUCGUCAUGCAACAACGAGCUUUGAAACGAGUCGCGACUUACCUACAAGUUCUUCUUUGGUUCCACGACGUGGGACUGCUUCCCGAAACGCAAGAGGUCGACGAAAGUGCUUUGAGACUAGCUCUGUCUUUGAGAAUUCCUUAUCCCUACGAAAGACUCGCGGCCUUGUACACAGAGAAAAGAGAGCAACUGAAAGAGAAGAGUAACGCCGAUGAUGAUCUCUUUAUCGACGCCUUGAUCACUCGCGAAUGUCCAUCACUCAGAUCCCAGUGGGAAAGGGAAGGAGUUGACGUUAAAUCUGCAGGUCACUAUCCUCCUCCAUCAUUGCAGUCUUUACUCCGAAGUUACCUAGCAGACUGUCAUCAGAUCGAGUCCAACGAGAUAGAAAAUAAGCACCAAAUCACAAUUUACCUCCUGAUGGACCUAGCGAUGCUUUUGCAGGGUUCUUGUCCAAGUAUAGAUCAACUUAUCAAAUAUCCUGCGGCUUUUAAGCUAAGCCCGAGCCUUAUUAAACUCACCCAGGCCUUUUGGCUCCUCGAUCACGAAGAUUACCAAGGUUUCUUAGACAUGAUGACCGGACAAUUAGUAUCCGACUCUGACUUUAAAGAUUGGCAUCAUAAGUUAGUUGUGAAAACUCUCCUGCACGACAAUCAACACAAACUGGCAUUGAUGUACUUACGAGUGAGGAAACCACCUCUAUCGACGAUUGAUGAACAAGGAACAAUCAUCAGCCUUUCGGUAGAACAUGGCUUGGUUCAAUCCGCCUUCAACUCUCGGCCUUCUUCCCACUACGCGCAACUUCUCACCAGAUUCUUCAGAGCUUGUAAAUCUUACGGAAAACUCUCGGAAAUUCUGCACUUGGCUUUGGGCAAAGAAGAGGAAGAGGCCUUUGUGAAGUUCCUCGAGGAGGACAAGUGCGAGGAAACGAAACUUCUUUAUUAUCUUCAACGUUGUCGUCACACUGAGGCAAGCAGCGUGUACUCCUUCGGUUCUAGAUUCAAUCAGACGGAUCAGCCUAUUUCUCUGAAUAUGUUCAAGGCCUAUAAUGCUACUUUGCCGGAUGUAACGAGACAGUUUACUGCAAGUCUGAAUAGAAAGAAUCAAGAGGUGGAUCCGGAUUUUCGGUAUCCUAGGCCGAUGUCUCAUGCGAGGAGCUAUAACAGAGCUCGAGAAAUCCACGAGACUGUUGUGAGAAAAGCGAGAGAGACAUAUGUUAGAGGGGAGAGAAGUCAGAUUCCUUUUGUGAGCGCGCCUUGCUUAUCUUUGAAAUCAAACCCGGGAAAUAGUGACGUUAAUUGCAUUUUGUUCCUAGAGAGAAAAGCGCCGUUGAAAAGAACGAUUCACGAGGUGCAUGGGAGUGGCGUUUAUGAAUCAAGUGAAAAUAAACGUAGAAAGUUAUCGGAGGGUAGAAGUGUUGGAGAGAGGAGUGAAAUGGACAGAAGUAGAAUGGAUAGAAGUAUGGGAGACAAAAGCUGGUGCGAGAGAACCCUAGGUAAUAAAUCAGAGUUGGGUAUUGAUGCCUUGUUUAGCACUCCACUCAUUAAACGUAAAACUCACGUCACACACAUAGGUAAUACUCCUGUGGAAACUCCACAAUCUAUUCUCAAAAUCCGUCAGAUGAUUAAAGAGUCUGCCUCGUCGACUGUUAACAGUUUGCACUCAGAAAGUGGAUCAGAGCCAAUGAGCGAGAAGAGGCCCAGGGUGAUUAGGUUUAGUGUGAGUCAACUAAGGAAUGACACUAUGCAGAGUGAAUCGAUAGACGAAAGUAUGAACAAGGAAACUGUGGACGAAAGUAUGAACAAGGAAACUGUGGAUGAUAGUACAGCGAAAGAUGAAAGUGUGUCGAAGGAAGUGAUUGACGAAGAAGCCUCGAUGAGCGAUGCAUUCUUCAGCCCUAAUGUCAGUUUGAGAUCAGAAGAGAGUACGAUUUUAACAGACAGUAGCUCUUACGGAAAGAAUUUAUCUGGACCACGACCCAGACCUAGUUUGAGAAGAAGUAGUGUUUUGUCUUCAAGCGACUCAUCGAGACGAACUUCUACGAAAACUGGCAGCAGUUCUUCCGUGGAGACUCCGACGUCUCUUUCCCUUGUUUCCAAGAGCCUUCUUAACUCCUCGGCGACUUCUCUGGACUUUAAUAUCGGCAAGAGUCCGAGGGCUUUGUCCAGUUCUGUUUACUCGUCAUCAAUUUUAUCCGAUUCAAGUUUGGAUGAAAGUUUAAGAAGAGUCGGCAGUGGGGACAAGAGAGAUAAUGUUGAGGAAACUAGUCCCAGGAAAAAAGGAGAGAGUCCAGGAAAAACGCUUCGUGUUAUGCAAGUUUCAGUUACGAGCGUGACGAAAACUGUGGUUGAAGAGUUUGUAGUCGAGGGAGAUGAGAAUGAAGUCGAGGGAGAUGAGAAUGAAGAAGUGAACGAGAUAGAAGAAGCGAAAAAGGAUGAAGAAGUUAAUAAAACCGUAGACGAAGUAGUGAAUGGAGGAGAGGAAGCGAAAGAGGAUAAUCUGAUUGAGGAAGAACUCGAAAAGAAGUGUGAAGCAAUAAAGGAGGCUGAUGUGAAUAUUGUAGAGGAUGUAGCGGCAGAAGAAAUCCAGCUUCUUGAAGAAGCAACACACACAGAAAGAAUCAUUACCGAGAAGAUGUCCGAGUCCAACGGUGAGGUGAUAAUGCACCUCGAGGAUAAAUUGGAUGAGCCUGAAAAAGUUUCCAGAUUUCACGAAGACACAAACAGAAAUAUUCUUCCUGAGGGAUCUGUGAUAUCGACGCAGGAACGUCAGUCUCUUUCGGAAAAUGAAAAGGAAGCGGAUGGCGAGAGUUCAGGCGAUUUGGAGCUAAUAGCUCUAAAAGACGAUGAAGAUAACGAGGAAGAAGUCUUCGAAAGCCUCUCGAACUCCAUCAACAGUGAAGUGCAUCAUCCCCUGUCUGAAAAAUCAGUUUUAAAAAAAGAGGAAAAGGAGGGACCUUCCAAAUUCGUGGCAGAUGAUUACAGUAUAACGGAUGAUGAGUCCAUGGAGGUUCCGGAGCAAAGUAUAAUCGAGGAGGUGGAUAAAACUCUUCAGAAUAAGGAGAAGAAAGAUGAAUCUAAUAUCACGGACGAUGAAUCUGAACAGACAAGUACAAAAGAAUCUGGAAGUCAGGUAGUAGAUUCAAAAGGAAACUCUACGUCAGAUUUGAAUGAAUGCUCUAAAUUGGAUUCUGAACCUCUAAGUAAUAUUAAUAACAUCAUAAUUGACGAGUCUCGUGAAGAAGAUGUGGCAGAGGUUUCGGUGAGUGUUUCUCGGCAGAAGACACCAGUGAGAGAAACUAGAGUUUCUCUGGAGAAGACACCAAUGAGAGAAACUAGAGUUUUUCUGCAGAAGACAUCAGUGAGAGAAACUAUAGUUUCUCUGCAGAAGACAACAGUAAGAGAAACUAGAUCGAGAAGAGCUUCUUCGAUUGCGUCAGAAACGACAAAUGAAGACAUGAUAGAAAAAUCAAUUGCAAACGAUAUAUCUGACCCUCAAAGAAUUUCUUCUGAAUUCAUAGACGAUAAUAUUACAGAAAGUAACAUCACUAGGGCUAAGACUCCUGUUCGUGAAACCCGGCCACAAAAGACUUUAUCUGCCAAGAAAGACUCGCUUCCCAGCAAAGAGAGUAAAACAUCCGAGGAAGGUCUUAGGACUCCGCGAAGAUCUCUACGGGCUUCUUCAGUAUCGAAGGUUCUAGAACAAAAAACUGAGGAAUUGAUUCCUGAAAUAAGCGUAAAAGAUGUGGCAAAGGCUACGAGGAGUAGAACGCCUGUGAGUGAAACAAAAUCUCAGAGACUUUCGGUGUCGAAAAAUGUAGAAUCUCAGCCUGAAGAUGUUGAAGUAGAAAAAGUGAGAACGAGAAGAGGUAGUUCGCUUGUGAAGGAGAUUUUGGCGACUUCUGUAGAAUUAGGAAGCAGAAGAGGCGGUCGUAAGACUUCGUCUGGAUCGGAAUGUUCCGUGGAUACUCCUACGAAGAGAGGUCGACCUCGAAAGACUGCGAACGUGACUCAAGAAACUUCUCCUCCGGUUGAGACUGAAAAGGAAUCAGAAGAAAGGACUGUGGAAGUUCUUAGAAGAAGUGCGAGACGAGGUGCUUCUGUGCAGAAGGAAUUGUCAAUGAUCGAGGAAAAUGCGCCUAAGAAGCAGAAGACUAUACUUUCGAUGUCGAUUGCAGAACCAAUUGAGAUGGACACCAGUGUACCAGUUUCCAGAAAGACAAGAAGCAGACGUGGAAGUUCUAUGACAAAGGAAAUUCCACUGCCUCGAAGAACAAGAGCAUCAUCCCUGUCGAAAGAUAUCGACGAGGAACCUGUAGAACCACCCCCAAGACAAACUCGUAGACGAGGAGGAUCAGUGCCAAAAGAAAUAUCAAUGGUUGCAUCAAGAUCAAUCAGAGCAACCAGUAUAUCAGAAGAAGUGAUACCAGAAGAACCAGAAGGUGAUGAACAUCAAUCCACGAAGAACGUGUCUUUAAGCAGUAAAGUUUUAGCUGACGUAACUAGCAGUCCUGUAAGAAAGAAGCGUACUCGUCGCCCCUCUGUUCAGUCAAUUCCAGAAGAGAUUGAAGAGAUCUUAAGUGUCCCAGCUAAAAGUAGAUCGGCAACAAAAAAUCAAAAGAAGGAGAUUAUACCUAGAACAAGACGUGCUGCGAGUGUCGAUCUGCCAGUGGAACCAAAACGUCUAACUCGAAGUUCUCGUUUAAAGAGCUCUAUUGUUGAAGAGGCGAUUUUGGAAGAGCCCAACGAAGUGGCAGAGGAGACACAAAUGAGUCCGAAAGUAGUUAAAAAACAACCUGGACGAAGAAAAAGAGCGGCGUCGGAAACAGUUGCUUUGGAACAGAAGGACGAGCCAGAAGCCAAAUCUACGAAAGAAAAGCCAAGGAGAGGGAGAAAAAAUUCUCAAAGAAGUGACGAUGAACCCACGGAGUUUGCUUUCUCACCACCGGAAAAAAUGAAUGCUCCUAAAGAUAAAAAAGAAAUUGGCCAAGUACCAAAUUUCGUAUUCUCACCUCCACAUACAAGAUCGAAACAAACUGGCCAGCCUCGUAGGAGAAUACCUUUUGUUGAGCCUUUAACUGAAGAGGAAAAGGAAGAAAUAGCAUUAAUGAAGGCUUCCGAAGGGGGAAAAAAAUCCGUUGAAACAGAGAAAACUAAAAAGCCAGUUCUAAAAAGGUAUAUGCCCAGGAAGACAUUUAAAUUGCCUAGAAAUCGUCCCGCUACGUUAGAGUAAUUCUAAUCAUUACCCGUAGACCGAAAAGAGUCCAGGACUUUCACAUUAUACAGACAAGUAUUCCGAUAAAUUUACUCUCGCUUCUAAAGCCAAUGGAUCAGCCUUGAGAAAUUUGGACUAUAUUUUGACUCAUACAAUUUGUAAUUACGAUAAUAUAUAAAUACUCUAAAACUAAGUAGAAUAAUUUUUUCUUGUCGACUGGGAUAUGGGAAUAUUCUUUUCAAUGUGGUCAUGCCGUUCAAGUGAAAAUAGGCGAGUACUCUAUUUCUAAAAUUAUGAUUCUUUUAUUUUGAUACCAUCAAUUUUCAUUAGCAUGUGUUAACAUUUAUUUUAUACAAUAAAAUGUGAUAUACGAUUUUUAGAAAUAUUUUUCACGAUCGAUUUGAGUAUUUGCUUCUUUUCGAGUAAAAACUUGUAGACUUUAAUUAACGAGUGAUUGAUCUUUUUUCUUAGCACAUGCUAACUCAAGUAAAUGCAGUCGAAUGUUAUUUGCGGUGCGAUCAAGUUUUGUUAUAUUAAACUUAAGUUAGGUAAUUGUAACCGCAGUUCUUUUAAGUUUCAUGAAAACGCAAAACACUGACAGUAUUGAAAGGAUUCGUCUAUUAACUAGACCUCAGUACAAGAGCGAUUUCUUACUAAACCGUGUAAAUACUAAAGCGAAUUUUUUUUAUUUGUUUUGUUUUCCUUAAAAAAAAGGUUUUUCACUUAUGAGUUAUCAAACCACACGUUUGUUUAGUGCGAUAGAUAUUCAAGCAAUAAUUUCGACGAAGAAAUACUUGUAACAUACGGUUGUAAAUAAUUUAUUACUAUGCUGAUGUACAGCUAUAUUAGUACAAUAAAUGUAUAAGAAAAUUGAUAAUAAAUCACCGAACGAGUUUCCAGUCA